UCCACACAUAUCGCUGUACUAGCAACUCGUCGCGUCUACGGUAGAUGUGGACUGAUAGCCUGUGCACCUGUUGCGUGAGAUGCACAGCAUGGGUGCAAAUACCGUACCGUAUCGUAUACAUAAUAUCGCUCUCUCUGGUGAUAUACGGUUAUAGAAAUGUAUACUCUAUGUAUACGGUAUACCGUGCACCGGUAUGCAUUGAAUGGAGAGCCGUUCUUUAAUUAUUUGCCGGUGGAAUUAACAAUGACGGAGACGAUCAUGCAGUGAUUAAAAGAACGAUGUGCAUUCGAUUCAGCUACCUGCUACUCAACGCUCCAAAAUCAAACUGUGCCAGUGCUCUGUUGUACACAGUUCAGUGCAUGAUUCAGCUACCUGCCACUCAAUGCUCCAAGGCCAAGCUGUGCCAGUGCUCUGUUGCACACAGUUCAGUGCAUGAUCUGUACAGAAAGGAAUAACUUGUUCAAAUCAUAGGAGACGGAAAACAACAAAUGGAGCAUUGAAAGAGAAGGAAAUCUGAGAGGAGUGACUCUUCUAAAUCCAGUCAUCUCUAAAAAAACAAGAUGGAGCUGGGAACCCUCGUUUGGUUUGACAGUGGGUUGGAGUACCCUGUUCCUGGUCGUAUCAUCGUCUCUGAUAGUGCCUCCAUGAAGGUAUUAUGUGCCAGCGAUGGAAAGGAAUACCCAAUAGUAGACCCCAGAAAGCUGCUGAGGAUCAGACAUGAUCAGAUUGAACUUGAAAGCAUUCAGGAUAUGGUUGAACUCAGAGAUCUUCAUGAGGGAUCCAUUAUAUUCAACUUACAUACCAGAUACGAGAAAGGUCUCAUAUAUACCUACACCGGUAGCAUAUUGGUGGCCGUCAAUCCUUACAAGCUUUUUGAUGACAUCUAUAACAUAGAGACCGUUAGGAGAUAUGAAGGCCAGCUCAUUGGACAUCUACCACCACAUCUGUUUGCGAUAGGAAGUGGUGCAUACCUUCGCAUGACUCAAACCAAACAGAAUCAAUGCAUCGUGAUCAGUGGUGAAAGUGGUGCUGGCAAGACAGAGAGUACUAAACUUAUUAUGCAAUACCUUGCAGUGGUCAACAAAGCUUCGACUAACCUCAUUACGGAACAAAUUCUAGAAGCCAACCCAUUGCUAGAAGCCUUUGGGAAUGCCAAGACAACUCGCAAUGACAACUCAAGUCGCUUUGGAAAAUACAUUGAAUUGUUCUUCAAUAAUGGUCUCAUCAGUGGUGCCAGGACAACAGAGUAUCUGGUUGAGAAGUCACGUGUUGUUAGGCAGGGUCCUGGAGAACGCAACUAUCACAUCUUCUACCAGAUGCUAGCUGGUAUGUCCAUCGGAGAGAAAGCCAAGUAUGGGCUUACUCAGCCAGAGCGCUAUUUCUACCUCAACCAAGGGGGCAGCAGUCGUGUGGAUACACGCAACGAUGCCGACGACUUCAUCCGGACAGUCUCGGCCAUGGAAGUGCUGAAUUUUGAUCCCAUUAAGCAGGAGACGGCCUUCAGUAUCCUGGCGGCCAUCUUGCACAUUGGAAAUCUCUCUCUCCAGAAUUCAAAGAGGCAAGAUAGACAUGAUAUGCCAGAAAUCACCAACGAUGGUGCCCUAGCAGGAGCAGCCAGGCUUUUGCAACUCGAUCCUAAACAGCUUGAAGGUGCUAUUUUAUACAGAGUCACAGAAACAAUCGGAGAACGAAUUCUUACUCCUCGGACACUAGAACAAGCUGAAGAUGCCAGGGAUGGGAUAUCCAAAUCUCUUUACACCAGUCUUUUUGGAUGGCUAGUCAGGAGUAUAAAUGUCAUCACAAACCAACCCGCUAAGAUGACCUCUAUUGCUAUACUCGACAUCUUUGGAUUUGAGGUCUUCAGGACAAAUGGCUUUGAACAACUCUGUAUCAAUUAUGCAAAUGAGCAUCUGCAAUUCUACUUCAACAAACAUAUCUUCCAAUUAGAACAGCUUGAAUAUGCCAAAGAGAAGAUAGAAUGGCAGACUAUCACAUUUGUUGACAACCAACCAGUCUUAGAUCUCCUGGCCAAGAGACCUACCGGUAUUCUUCACAUCCUAGAUGAUGAAAGCAACUUUCCCAAGGGAACAGAGAAAGCCUUUGUUGAGAAGUGCCACUACCAUCACUCCUCCAACUCCUCCUAUGGUCGCCCUAAGCAGCCUCGUCUUGAGUUCUGUAUCAAGCACUACGCAGGAAAGGUGAUCUACCAGCUGGACAAUGUCAUCGGAAAGAACAGGGACGUACUGAAACCAGAGGUCCUGGAGAUGUUCAAGAACAGCAAGAAUCAGGUGCUAUCAGAGAUGUUCAAGCUAUUACAGACCACGGAGCAGAAACGAUCUAUGAUUGGGGCUAGUGGCCCUUCAGGGAUGAGAAAGAUGAGACCAUCAACUGUGGCUACCAGAUUCAAUGAAUCUCUUCUAGAGCUCAUCAACAAUAUGAACAAAUGCCAUCCAUUUUUUGUUCGUUGCAUCAAACCCAACGAGGAGAAGUCCCCUAUGGUGUUUGAUACCGGUGUUGUAGUGAGUCAACUGAGAUACAGUGGGAUGCUGGAGACGGUCCGCAUCAGAAGAAAUGGUUUCCCAAUCAGAAUGGCCUUCCUGUCAUUCAUGAACAGGUAUCGAUUCCUGAUCAGUGCUCACAUUACAUUCCGAGCAACAGCCAAAGAGCUCUGUCAAGAGAUCUUAUUCAGAGUUGGAGAUAAAUUCAGAGGAGACUACCAACUGGGAUCUACAAAGGUAUUCAUGAAAGAAGCCCUUGAGAACCACCUAGAAUACGAGCGCUCCAAGAUCAUCCAGAAGGCUGUCUUGGUCAUCCAGCGUCACCUGAGAGGAUUCCUAGCCCGGCGUCAGUACCAUCGUAUCCUUCACACCGUGGUCCAGCUCCAGGCUCACUUGAGGGGAUACCUGGUGAGGCGUAGGGUCAGGACCAUCCUGAAGGGACUGGUCCUGUUCCAGGCUCUCUACAGGGGGCGACUCCAAAGGAGGAGAUACCUUGUGAUGCUAAGGAAGGCAAAAGAGGAGAGAGCAGAGCGGGAGAAGAGAGAAAAACUCCGCAUAAAACAGGAAAGAGAGAGAAUUGAAGAGGAGAGAAGGAAAGAAGCAAGUCGGCUAGCAUCAUCUAAGAUGGCUGCCAGUCGAGCACCACCUCCACCAUCCCUACCAACCCAGCCAGCAGAUGUAUCCAGGGUGGACAUUCCCUAUGAACUCAGUUUGCUACUACAGAGAGGCUGGAGUCCGCCUCACAAUGAGAGGAAUCUCAUAAAAGUCGUAGGUCAAGUAGCUCGUCAGGAGAGACCUAUUAGUUUCCCCGCUAACAUCAAUGACCAUCCUUUCUCAAGAUAUGUCAAUAUAUAUUUCAAGAGUGAUGGUUUUGGGUAUCAGGACUUACCCAUUGCUACUGGCUUCCACACCCUCAAUGAAGCCGAUGACGACGAGGCCGUAGCAGUCUUCAAGCUCAUUCUUAGGUUCCUUAUGACAGCUGACCCUGGCAAUAACCCUGCCAAGAAAACUCAGGACUUUAUCACGGGCAACUAUAUUGUACAGAAGGGUUUGAACAAUCGUAACAUCAGAGAUGAGAUCUACUGCCAGGUCUGUAGCCAGACGUGGAAUAACACCAACAACACCAUCCAAGAAAGGGCAUGGCUGUUGCUUAGCAACAUCAUGGCGGCCUUCCCUCCAUCUCCCAAGCUUUACAACUUCCUCCUCAAGUAUGUGUCUGACCAUGCCUACGAUGGUUACAAGGCCUACUGCCAACACAAGCUUCUCUCCUGUGACCCUCAUGCCAUUGAGUCUCAGGGCAGUAGGACCUAUCCUCCGAGUCUCCUGGAGUGGAAGGCUCACCAACUACAGGCUAACAUGUCCUUGGUCACCAGACUUCCUGGAGAGACUGAUCCCAUCAAUGUACAGGUUGAUUCAUGGACAACGGGAGAGGAUUUCGCAGCCGCUGCUCUGAAACAGAAGGGACUGCAGAAAGGUUACAGGGGUUGGUCGGUGGAGCUGAUGGAUGAGAAUGUCCGCUACGAUCUCUCUGGACCGGACUUUGUCAUGGAUCUCAUCGCUGAGAUGGAGGUUCAUCCUGAGAUGCCGGUAGGAGAAUCUCAUUUCCUCAUUGCUUCUGAGAUGAUCAAGAGUGGACAGACUCAACAUAGAAGAACUAUCAAAAGAAGGCAACAAUCUGAGAUAGAAUCAAUCAUAUCUGCUCCUACCCCAACUCGAUCAUCUGUUCCUCGUCAGCGAUCUCAACACGAUCAUCUUCAGUCCCAGUACCCAGCUGACUUCAGUAUUCCUGAGCCAGACUAUGUUGCCAAUUCAAAAACAGGGAGGUCAAUGGCACAGCGUAGCCAGAGCAUCGGUACCAUCUCUGGAAUGUCCGAGUCAGGAUUGGAGGACUACGUCAAUCAGCUCUUUGAUCCAGCUACCUUGGGUAUCCAUGGUGGAGGGGGCAGUGAACCCCCAUCUCCUUCAACCUCUGCAGAUCUCUCUAGUCCUACACGUCUAAAUUAUGUCAUCCGGGGCGGGGGCAGGGGCCCCAUGAUGCCCGUCCCACCCCCGGUCCCGCCCACAUCACAGCCCCCAGCAGGCAUUAUCGGUGUCCCAGCAUUCACACCGGCCUCUGUUGCUAGCUAUCCCACUUACACAGGAGCCCCUGCUGCCGGAUUGACCCAAUACAUGACUCCUGCACCACAAGCCAUUGGAACACAGUUUGUCCAACCUGUACCAGCUAACGUGGCAGGUAUGGUGCCCAUGAUGCAGACACCGAUGAUGACUUCCAUGCAACCACAGGUGGUGCAACCACAGAUGGUGCAAGCAGCACCAGUCAUGGUACCCCAGACUCAACUUACCAACCCAACCCUAACCAAUGCAGCGCUGUCACAACAAGCCUAUCUCAACCAGCAAACCUUAUUGGCACAACAAAGUCAAAUGCAACAGCAGCUACAACAACAGCAACAACAGCUGAUGCAAAGUAUCCAGCAAUUGAACCAACAACAAACUCAACAGACACAACAGGCUCAGGUUGUCAGCACUGCACCAACAGUUCAUGCACCAAAGGCACGUCAGAACACUGCUAGUAAAGUUCAAGCACCUCAGCCUCCUGUCUCACCAGUAUCUUCGGCAUCAUCUUCAUCCAUAUCCCCGCCUCCACCACCUCCACCAGCGGUGCCUUCGGUAAAUGGGGCACCGCUGAAAAGUGCCAUUAAGCAGACAGCAGUCUCAAAGAACAUCCAGGAGAGGAAGAAGAGUAUCCAGUUCAAUCAGGAGGUUGUCAACAUCAGCAAUGGAGCAAGCGAUGAGAGAUCUGCCUUAAAAGCUGUCUCUCCUCCAACCUCUCCGGUUUCUCCUAUCUUCAGAGAUAGCUUUGUUCCCCCUCCUCCGCCUCCACCUCCUCAAUUUGUUUCUAAAAGUGGUCGUACUAUCCAGCUGGAUGAUGUCAAGGACAGGGCUAGGACCAUCAGGGUCGGGAAGAUCGUCUGGCCUCCACGAAAAGCAGAUGGGCCAAAGGAAGAAGUUAUUGUUGGACGCCUAGAGGUAGAACAGCAAGUGGAGUCUGGUCCAUCGCUUCCUGUCAAUCGUCCAACCGCGAUUACCGCCGACAUGCUACAGGACCGUGCCGGCAGCUUGCGUAAGACAAAUACAAAGAAAAUAAGACCAAGGGGUGUUGGUCAUGUGGUAGCAACCAAAGAUUCAGCACCAGAACCAGUGAAGUCACCACCUCCUCCUGUAGCCAAAAAAGUCUUUGGACAGAAGAAGGAUCAUCACUCAGAGGCACUUCUGAUGCUCAAGGAACAAAUGAAGUCUGCACCACCACCAUCACCAAAGAAGAUACUGCCAAAGGAGACACCACCACCUCCACCUGUCGUCACCAAAGCACCAUCACCUCCCCCGCCACCCCCUCCACAAAAGCCCCCUUCUCCUCCACCAAUUGCUCAAGUGGUAGUUGCUGCUGGUGCUGUUCCACCCCCGCCUCCACCUCCUCCACUCCCUCCUCCCGUUGUAACAGAGCACAAGGAGAUAUCAAUCCAGACCACCCAGACAGAGAUGGAAUCUGUUGAUAUCCUCAAGGCCCAAGGCAUCAUCCAGGAAAUUGAUGAUACACCAUCUGUCACGUCAUCCACCAUACCUGAUGCGCUAUCUGAUGCUGAUGUUGAGGAGAUGGAGAAGGUCCAGACAUUGGUCUAUCCGAUGGGACAGUCUUCCUUCUACAUGUACACCAGGGUCAGAUGGAGCCUCACCAUCAGGAAAGAGGUGUUUACUCCGGGAGAACGCCUAGGAAACCCUACCACUCAACAGCUGAUCUUCUCACAGAUUGUCCUGGAUGUCUUCAGUAAUAGCUGCAUCCGUAUGCGUAAGGGAGAGAAACGGUCUAUGGCUCGUCUGCUAGACAAAUAUGGCAUCACACCUAAAAAUCUACCCCAGAAGAGUGCUCAUCGAAAGGAAGUUAUUGAGGCAGCCAGACAAUUGCCUCUAUAUUUUAGCAGGUUUUUCCCCAUUCAUGGUGGGCGUCAACAUCCUGAUCUGAGAUGGUUAUGUGUCAGUGAUGCAGGUAUCUACCUUGUCAGGCAUGAGUUAGAUCCAAUGAAAGAUCAAUUAGUCGUCACAGAAUCAUUCCACUUUUCAGAUCUUAACCAGAUAAUAGCUGCACCAAACCAGAUACUCAAACUCAAUCUAGCAGAUGGAACAGCGAUAAAUGUCUAUACAAACAGAGGUGCUCAGAUCAAGAGUAUGAUUGAUGCAUACGUGGUAGACCUAGAGAAAGAUUCACAUCAUAUGAGGGCAAUCCAAGACUACAUCACCAGAGAAACAACUCUCCUUAGCUUCCACAAAGGAGACAUAAUCAAAGUCACUGGCAAACAUCAUGUUUCAGAUCCAGGUUGGUUAUUUGGAAUGUUGGAUGGUCGUUCAGGUCUCUUUCCUAAGGAGUUUGUGGUUCCUGCCCCUGGUCCACAGACAUUGAGGCAAAUAAAGGCAAAGAAUCGUGUCAACAUUGAAACCCGGAUGCUUGAAGAGCAAGGGCAUCAGCCCCGAAUGGAGCCAGUGAAUGCCCCUAAUGAUGACCAUAAACGUUAUUCAAUGACUGAGUUUGCCAAGAGGUACUUCAGGGAAAGCUCUGACAAAUUUAUCAUGCAGCGUAAGAGUGAUGGAUCUAUCAGAGGAUCCCUCAAGUUCAUGGGUUCACUCAAGAGAUCUAUUCUCAAGAAAGACAAGAAGAAGAGUGAGGAUGCCAUUGCUGUGCAGCAGUACAUCGCCGCUGUAUCUUACACCAAUUCACCAAUCCAGGCUUCCCUCAUAGAUCUUCAAUCUCAAGAACUUAACAAGAUUGCUUUGGAGUGUUUCCUUGCUCUGAUGCAAGUGAUGGGGGAUUAUCCUUUGCGAAGUAAAGUUGAUACCAACCAGGAGAGAGCGAUCUAUGAAUGUGUAGUGUUCAUCCUGAAGAAUUGUCUGAACAGUACUGACCUGAGAGAUGAGAUCUUGUGUCAGGUUGUGAAACAAGUCACUGAUAAUAGGAGUGCAAAGAGGCAAAGUGUGCAGCAGGGUUGGCGAUUGCUUCUCCUCCUGACCACCUUCCUACCGUGUUCUAGUGUCCUCAAGCCAUACUUCUUCCAGUACCUGUCCGAUGCUGCCUCUCACGAGAGUCAGAACCCAUACAGUGGGAUCGCUGCUAUAUGCCUUCAGAGUGCAAGGAAAGCACAGAGAUGUGAUGGGAGGAGGGUGAUACCCAGUGAAACGGAGGUCACACAUCUUUUGGCUGGCAGAACAACUCGGAGACAACAAUUUCUAAUGCCAGGAGGAAUCCGUACAAUGCUUAAGAUAACGACCAGUACGGUGGCAGCAGAUAUUCUAGCUGGAGUCUGUAGUAGCCUUGGGUUAACCAAUGAGAAGGAUGUUAAAGAAUUUGGACUCUUUGCUAUCAUUGGAAAUAAGCAUAAUGAGACAUUACUCCAAGAGAGUGAUUACAUCAUGGAUAUCACCACUCACCUAGAACAGUCCGGUAUCGGCUAUGUACUCCUCUUCCGUAGGGUGCUAUGGCAACGACCUUUGCGCAUUGACCUAGAGGAUUUCAUGCAGAUUAUGUACAAUCAGAUCCGUCAAGACUAUAUCAGUGGUAAUAUGGUGAUUCUAAAGAAUGGUGAACUGACUGAAGAACAGCUGAAUACCAUCAUACAUCUAGCUGCUUACCAGAUGAAAUCAAAUGAUCAAGUUCAACUUCCUACUCAGAAAGACUUGAACAAUGUGCUACCAUUCAACGUGAAGGAGAAGCAGCAAUCCCAACACUGGCUAAACUUGCUACAUUCUAGCCUGGACCAGAUGCGAGACGUCACCCCGGUCCAGGCUCGUGUCAGGUUCAUUGAAAUGCUUCAGAAGUGGACUCUCUUUGGAUGUAACUUCUUUGAUGUUAGGAUGCAGACUGGGGUUAACAGCAGUGAUGCUAGAUUGCUUGCUAUUAAUAAAGAUGGCUUCUUUGUACUCCAGAAUAAUACUCAUGAAAUCUUGAAAUACACAAUGCUUGCAGAGAUUGUUUCAACACGUAGACUCCGAUCCAACGAUGGCAAGGUUUCAUUCUUUGAUAUCAAACAUGGUGACCUGAUGAAACAGACAGUCUCAAGGUUCCAGACCAAUCAGGGAGUUGAGAUAGGUGAGUUGAUCUCAAAGUACAUCAAGUCCCAGGAAGUUGGUACAGUGAGAGAACCUCAACCUAUUUCUAGUGAUUACCAAACCAAUGCUAUCACCAACCUCUGGCCAUCAGGACCAGGAGCCAAUGACCCUUCAACAGGUCAAACUAACGGGAUAGAUGGACGAUACAGGACCCCAUCAUCUACAGACUCUGCCGGAUCCUCCAUACCGGCAAGUCCUAGUCAUGCCCCGCCCCCUGGUGCCGUCAGGGUCAUGUCACUACCCCCUCUACAGGUCAGUGUUGACCAGCCUCUGGAAAACAACAAUAACUACCAACCACAAAAGGGCGCGAACAAUCCAAGCCCAGGACAGGUCAAUGGUGAUUUGGGAGGUUACAACUCCCGCCCAAAUUCAUUACCGAUCGUUGCUAGCCCCAGCUCGAGUCAACCACCUGUCACAAAUGGAUACCCAGGUUCCCCGACGACAAGACAGCCAGUACCAAGAGAGGGUAUCCUCAAGAAUAGCAUGUCACCGACAGGUGUCGUCCGCAAUCCCAUCUCUCAGCCCCAAGCUUCUGAUAAUAUCCUCAAGCGAGGUAAUGUAAGAGGGAUGAGAAAGUAAGGGAGUGUGAAGGAUGCUUAUUACAUCUGGGCCCCGCCUUACAAAGAGUUACGAUUGAUCCAAUCAAUUGUAACUCUAUGGAAAUCCAUCAGUGACAUAAUUUUUUUCUACAGGUAAUGUGCAAAAUGUCCUUUGUAAACAAAUGAGAACACACCGAACUGACAAGAAAUCAAUAGAUUUGUGGAUAUACAUUCAUAUCUAGAAAAAUUUUUGAGCAAACAUGCAUUUUAUAUGUUGGCUUUGCUGACUUUCCAUGGUUGCGAGUGAUCGGAUCAAUCUUAAGUCAUUGUAAGACUGGCCCCUGAUCAACAUAACCCUGUGCAUUGGUUGUGAUCAUUAUUAUUAAAUCUCAGGAUAAAUAAAUCUUUAGGACCAUCAGAAUUAGUCUGUUAAACAGCAAAAAGAACAAGAACAUUGUAGAAUCAAAUCUCUAAAAAAAAAACAUAGAUUAAACUGAUUUUCCACAAUGUUUUGCUCAUCCAUGUAUUGUAACACACAACAUUCAACAGUUCUUAACAAAGAUUUAUACAUUCUAAAAGAAUCUGCAAGUUAAUAGCAAGAUCAACAUUCCACAAUGAAAUUAAAUAAAAUAUCUAAUGAAUGAAAUGUAUAUUCAGAUCUAUUGCAGGUGUAAGAUCAUGUUUUUGUAUUACAAUUCUAUUCAUUUAUCAGUACUGUAUAUCUUGUUUUGUAAUUUAUGUAAACAUUAAAAUGUUAGAUUGUGGAUGUAUGUUGUUGCCAUAUCAUGAAUUAAAUUAUGAUCAAUACAUUUUAUUUAUGAAUUAGUAUGCCUUUAUUUUGUCUUUGAUAAGAUAAUAUAUUGAUGAAUGCGAAAACAACAAAUGGCACAAUAAAUUUUGAUUUGUUUCAGUACAAAAGAAUCAAAUGUAGUAAAUGAAUUUCCAUUUCCAUAUGUAAUCCAGGUGUCCAUGGAUAAUUUUUUUGUACAUUCAGGACUAAUUAAUGAUUUUUAUGUUAAUUAGCAUUAUAAUUUCAUGCAAUCAUUUAGGUGCCUUAUGUGGAUCUCUCAAAAUUAUAAUUUUCUUUUUUUUUGUAAAGAAAUUAGUUCUUUUAGUUUGAAAUCAAAGGUGCUUGUUUGAAAAUUAUUUAAUGGGUAUUUAUGACAUUGCUGUUUUUUUCUUUACUUUAUCACUUAAGUGACUUAAAUUUGAUUUAAAACACCAACAGUAACUCUCAUGUUAAUUCAUGUAUGUAUAUAACAAGCAGAGAUGUGAUAUGAUGUUUAGCAACAUGUUUUUUUUUUAAUAUAUAUAACUGUCAUUAAAAACCUUCUAUACAGCACUUUUUAAUCCUUUUAAUAUUGAUUUUUAGUUCCUCAUUUCUUUACAUGAUGAUGAAAUACACCGUUCUGUCAUUUUAUUUGGUAUGUUUUGUGUGUUAUGUAUGUCUUUGUGUUUAUUCAACUUCAUAGUAUGUUUAGUUUCUUAAUUUAGAUGUGUGAACAUCUUUCACGUUUAUACCUACAAGUAUAGCUAUUUCAAGUGCCAAAGGAGAGAAUUUGUAAUAUUGAAGUGUGUAAAUCACAGUAGCCUAAGAAAAGUAUUUUGGAUCUGACUUAUUGAAUAAGCUUAUUAUACAUUGUAGGGACUACAUCGGUCCUUACGUAGAAUCACACAUUCAUUAAACACACAACCUGGAGAAACAUGAAUAAAACAGGACAACUUGAAUAACCUUGAGGUAUGCCAUGUCUAUGUACAGCAUUGAAUGAUGGGUUUGAUUAUGUGUUAUAUGGCAAUGACUGAUAUGUGUCUAGAACCUAACAACACUUACUUCCUUUUCAACAUACAUACAAAGAUAUUCAUUUCACAAAAGGUAUGAGGUAAAUUUCAAAAUUUGCCCAAUAAAAAGAAGAAGAAAAAAAUUUCAUCAAAAGUAUGAUGGUUUUGAAGUGGGUUGCUACAUUUUCUGACGUGGGCAGUUUUUAAUCUUCAUCUUAUAUGUUAAAUGGUGGAUAAACAUGAGUGGUCUAAUACCUGUACAUUCUGACAUAGAGCUAGUAAUUGAUAUUGAUUAUAUAUAUUCUUUUGUGUCUUUGAUUUUCUUCAUAAUGUUGUCUUUCACUAUUACCAUCAAAACCAAAUGAACAAUUAUUAGGGUACCUCAAAAAUUUUAUCAGAUAUUUAUUUUCUCAUUUUAUAAUUAAUGGUGUAUAUUGAUCAUGGAUAUCAAAGGAUGACAAUGUAUGAUUUAUGUAUUCAAAAUAUCAGAAUAUUUUGUGACUCAGAUACAUUUUCGAAAUUUUUCUUUGCAUAAAAUUCGAUUCUUAAAUACCCUUCAUUGCGAAAAUUCGGAUAUAUGAAAAUAGAAAGCGAUAAAUGGAAUCACAGGGAAAAAGCGUUUUGUGUGUAGUAUUCUGUCUGCCUUUCUCAUUUAUAUAUGCAGGAAUUCCUUUGACAAUGCAUAUCUACAUUAAAAUGAAGUGUCAGAAUUGACUCUUAAAUUGAAAUUCAUACUUCAAUGUGGAAGAAUUAUUAUCAUAAUACAAAAGAAAACUGUUUCAUGGGAUGAUAAUUAUGUACAAAGUAGAUUAUAUUUUGGCCAUGAUUUAUUCACAAUUUAAUUGAAAAUAUUGUUAUGAAAUGUAAAAGUGGUUAGUGCCUUUAUGCAAUAUUUUUCAUUUAUGUACAAGUAAUUUUUUUAAAUGAUUUUAUUUUAAACUUCAUAAAAUUGUAAAUGCAUCAUUCAGCAUUGUAAAUAAUGUGAAUUUUUUUUGUUGAAACAUCCUUUGCCUUAAAUAAUUGUUGGCCUUUCUGUAAUACAGUGAGUAGUGAUUGUAUAAGCCUUUGUAUUUUGUACUCAGUGAUUUGAUAAUCUGUGGGAGCCAUUUCAUAAAGCUGUUCAUAAGUUAAGAGCAACUGGUGAACUUUUCUUACGCGCUGAAUCAUCGCCAAGGAAUAUACCAUUUACCACAAGAAAGGAUCACCAGUCGUUCUUAAGAACAGCUUCAUGAAACACUGACCUGAUUAUCUUGUGAUAUGCACUUAUAAAGAAAUGUCAUAAUUGUUAUUAUUACAUUUAUAUUACAAUUCUUUUAUUUGUUCACAUUCAACUUUUUAGAUUUCCUUAUGAGAUUUUGUCUGUAUGGGAGAAUCCUUUGUUAAACUAAUUGUAAGCUGUUGAUAGUUUAUUUAUCUUGCUGAAAAACAUAUUUUUAUUAUAAAGUGCCAACACUUGGGACCCAAUUCCUUCAGAAAUGUAAUCCCUUUUUUCUUCCUUCUAUAUUUAGUCUCUCAUUUGUAUGUAAGUGCUGAUUUUCUUCAUUAAUUAAAAUGAUGUUCUGUUGCCUUGACUGCUGAAAAAACACUGAAUACAUUUCUUGGAACUGCAACUAAAACUGAAAAAGAAUGUAGUAUGAAUAUUGCAGUAUCCAAUUCUAACAUGAUAUUUUCAUAUUUUAAAUGUUUUCAUAUAUCAUCAAUACUACGCAGUACUGCACAUGUGUGAAUUAUAUUUACGAAUAGCUUCAACUUUUCUGAUUUUUGUAAAUAAUAAUGUUCUACCUUGCAGAGUAUAAUCCAGUGAAUAUAUAUAUACACUAUUUAAUGUAUUUAGAAUUUGUAUUCUGAUGAUGGCCUUAUUCAUGAGUUUAGUGAGAAAAUAUUUGAAAUACUGGUAUGUAUAUUUUUAAAGAGAAAAAUAUGACUGCUUGGGAAAGAUGGCUUACUGCUUGGGCCACAAAACUUCAUAUCUAAAAAAAAAUCAUAUUUAGGAGAGGAUACCUUAUUGUUUGCGCUCAGUGGCAGGACCUUCCAAAGAAUUGUUUCUGAUUCAGCUAGAUACCCCACAGUCUGCCAUAACAAGACUAUCAAAUGAAUAACCUUUCAUAUAACAAGAUGGGGAGGGGGGUUACAAUUUUCUAUUUUUUUUUUAGAGGGAGAUCUUAGUUUUGGGAAAAAUUGCUCGAUAGAUUGUUCAGUCAUUUAAAAAAAUAGUAUUUUCCCCUAAAUUUGAGGUAAAUAUAUGAGGUUUUGCUGCCCUAGCAAGAGAUUGUGACCAUUAUACCUAAAUAGAAUAAAGUAUUCCAUUUAAGAAUUUACUGUGCACAUAUAGUUUCAAAGAAGUAAAUAAUAUCAUAUAUAUGCUAUCAUUGAUAUAAUAAAUCUAAUAGACAGUACAAAGAAUGUGUCUGUUUUAAUUCUGUUAUUUGAAAGCACAUUUCACUUGAUGCUUUACUUGAUUUAUUGACCUCAUUUCAUUGAUUAAAAACUUUUUGGAAGAAAAUAAAUGGAGAGAAUUAAAAAGGGGAGUCAUGUGUGUGUGUUUACAGUUGGGCAUAUUGAGCCAAAUAUUUUGAGAGGGCAGAACGUAGCAUAUGGAAAGCAACUUCUCCAAAAGUAAAUAAAAGUAAUAAA